AUGAAGUUCAAUAUCCUCGCUGCCGUUACUGCCCUGAUCGCUGCCGCUGAGGCGUGCAAGUGCGGCGGCAACAUCGACGCCACCCGCGCCUGCUGCCGCAACGUCGGCGGUGUUCCCACCAGCAACGACUGCCCUGCCAACACCAUCAGCGAGCGCCUCAGCGGUUUCGCCAGCUGCUGCCGUGGCUUUGGUGUUCGUUCCGACUGCCGCUGCCCUGUCGGUUGCGCCAAGCAGGAGUUGGAGGCUGCCAGGAAGAAGGAGGGCCUGACCCCUCUGAAUGACUCCGAGAUCCUCGCUGCCCUCAGCAACUACGACGGCUAG